GGACGAGGAGUUAAAACACCAACUUGCAGUUUACAGAACCACACGUGUUGGCGACUGAGCGAAUUUAUUGUUCAUUAACAAGCCGAGGAACGCGAGAGAACUUGAAGAACAGAAGAAAGGCAGAAACAACAGAGAACACUGCCAGCUAACCAGCGCGUGAAAAGUUUGAAGCAGGAGCGCCGCCGUGGCCAGAGCCCGAGGGAGGACCCGGCGCUGACACCCGCCGGCGGACGAUGACGGCGACGCCCCCGGCCGGCAGCGGUGGCAGCUAGGACGCGCCGCCCGCCAUGAUGACGGAGACGGAGCUGGUGGUCCCCCGCGCCCCGGAAACCUCAAAUCUCCGGCCCGAUGCCUCCUCGACGCCUGCACAGAAGGUCGCAGAGCCACUCGUAUCCCGGGACUUGCAAUUACUACCAGGACAUAGCCGGAGCGCCGCGGGUGUGUGUGAUGGACCCCGAGGGCGUCCCGAAGCAGGAGACUCGUGCGGGAGACUUCGUGGGGCCUCGUUUCCCCGCCGGGAGCCUCGGCCAGGCCCCGAGGGACAGCGACUGUGUGCUGUCCUACGUGCACACGAACGGCAGCAUCGCGUACCCUCAGCUCAAACACAGUUGUGAUACGAUGAACCCAAACGUCCGCAUAAACAUCGACGACGGCGACGCCUUCCCGACGGGCCCCCUGAGGAGCAGCGACAGCUGGGACUCCUUCAGCACGAGCCCCGGCAGCAGCGAGAACGGCGACUCCGUGUCCAGCAGCAGCCGCGGCGAGGAGUUCUCGGAGGACUCGGAGGGCGACGGCUUCGCGGACUGCGGCCACGACAACUUCCCCUUCUGCCACUGCCUCAACGAGAAGGCGGGGGGGCCGCCGGGGCUGCAGUGCGACCACGAGGAGUUCCCCUUCUGCGACUGCCUCGCCCGCGCCGCCGAGAGGAAGCACAAGAAGACGCUCGGCUACCGCCACCCGCGCGGCGAAGGGCGCCGGCGCCGAGGCUACAUCGGGCCGUCCUUGAGCGCCUUCAGGGACGCCGGCCUCGAGGUCUUCGACGAGACGGAGGAGUCCGACUUCCAGGAGUCCGAGACGGAGACGGGCACGCCGCAGGGACGGCACUCCGACGGCGAGACCGACACCGAGGGCGCAGGGGCGGAGUCCGAGGUCGAAGGAGCCGUAGGAUACAAUGGGAAAGAGUCGGACGAGGCCGCUGCGUCGGCAGGACUCCUCGCGCCGCCCGGGCAGCCGCUGCGACGCGCGUCCAUCGUCACGUGCGACAGCAGAAGGGCCUCCAUCGUGACGAGUCCGGACCCCGUCAAGAUCGCCGUGUUCGGGACCGACGGCGUCGGCAAGUCGGCUCUGAUCGUACGACUCCUGACCGGCCGCUUCAUCGGAGAGUACGACCCCACCAUGGAGGCCGUCUACAGCUACCAGUUCCCACUUGAGGGCUACGACCUGCCGCUUCAGGUCAUGGAUACGGCGGGUCAUGUGGACGUGGUGGAGGCGGGUCGCGAGGCGCAGGUCUCGUGGGGCGACGGCUUCAUGCUCGUGUUCUCCCUGACGUCGCACUCGUCCUUCGCCGCCCUCAGCCGCCUCCGCCGGGUCAUCCUCGAGCUGACCCCGGGGGCGCCUCGGCCGAUGGUCCUCGUGGGCAACAAGGCCGACCUGAGCCACGCCCGCGAGGUCAACCCUGACGAGAUCCGCGACCUGGUCGACUGCUGGGGCUGCGACUACUUCGAGGUGGCGGCGCCCGAGCCGUGGGACGUGGUGGUGCGGCCCUUCACGGCGCUCUACCAGGCCGUGCUCGAGAGCCGGGGGACCUAAGGGGCGUCGGGGGCCCUCAGGUCCUCGCAAGGGCGCCGCGGAACUGAUCCGCAGUUCGGGAGGCCACCGCAACAGGGCGCCCGCGGCUCGCCGGAAGAGAGAGAAGGCUCUUUCUCGAACUCUUGAGGGAUAAUUUUGAAAAUGAUUCGGCGUGGACGCGAACCGCUGUCAAGGACGGCGACUGGAAAAUUACCGAUGAAUUUGGCGGUGAUUUGAUGUGAAGUGACAUUGGUGGUUGUGUUACGAAACUGUAGGUCUCGAUAUUUCACUUACACACGGAACAGUAACUUCGAUUUCUUCCAUCUAACAAGUUCGUGAUACAACGCUGAUCCAGAGUUCUGCAG